AUGUCAUUCAACAACAACUCUGGCGGUUACAUGGAUAACUCUUACGACAACUCUAGCAACAAUACCAGCGGCACUGGCUAUACCAAGAAACCUCUUGGCGAACAAACCAUGAGACCAGUGACAAUAAAGCAAAUCAAAGGCGCUACUUCACCUCAGGAAAGCACAUUCAAAAUCGACAAUUCCAAUGUUACGCAGAUAACUUUUAUUGGUGUCAUUCGUUCGAUUCAAGAAUUAGCAACAAACUAUGUAUACACUAUCGAGGACGGUACUGGAGCUGCUGAUGUACGAAAGUGGUCCGAAAACCCAAAUGAAUCGCCUGAUGAUGCUGAUGCUCGCCGUGGUCUAUUGGUGGAUACGUAUGUUCGUGUCUAUGGUAGAUUAAACAGCUUCAGCAACCGUAUCUCAGUUGUGGCCCAUAAAAUGCGUCCCAUCACCGACUUUAACGAAAUAACCUUUCACUUCUUGGAUGCCAUCAACACACAUCUCUUGUUUGUCAAGCCUGGAUCAAGUCAGUACAAGACCGAACGCAUGCAAAUUGAUGGGCUCGCUGCGCCUACUUCACUCAAUGAUAAGGUCAGCCAAGCUAUUAAAGAAUUUGAUAGCUCUGAGGAAGGUGCCAGCAUUGACCAGCUCGUUCAGAAAUUCCGUGGAAUGCAUACUGAGUCUGAGAUCCGUGAUAGUAUCGAUUAUCUGUUGACAGAUGGCCAAUGCUACGCUACCAUUGACUCUGAGCACUUGAAGUCCUGUCUCCCCUAA